GUGGGAGGGACUGGGCCCAAGAGCGUGGCCAAGCGAGCAGGCCUGCGGGUCAGGCGGGGCCUGGAGGGUCUGAACAAAGGGCUAGGCGCCCGGUAGAGCGGCGACUCCCGGGUCCAAGGUGCGUGCUCCAGUCCCGGCUCCCCGCCAUCCCCGGGGCACCCUGCCCAGGAGGGCCGCGCAAGCGCCGCCGCCUGGACGUGACUCGGGCAACGUCCACGCGGGGCGGCGGAGGGCGGGGGGUGGCAUCUGCGGCGGCGGCCGUCGGACAGGGGGCUCGGCCGGGGCUCUCGACCCAGCAAUCCGAGUGUUCCCUUGCGCGCAAAGGGAUUCACUUCGGUCACGUCUCCACUCAGGCACUCUUUUAGCCACCCGGUCAUCCUUCAGGGGUCCUUGUAUCCCGCUCGCGGCUAAUUAGGGGGACGGACGCAGUAGCCAAGGCGACCGUCGGAUGGACAGGCACGCGCGCCAACUGGCUUCCGGAAGCUGCCGUCUGGUCCCGCCCGGCCCGUGGCGGGUGGCCCAAUGACAGACUCAGAAGCGCCAAAGGGGCGGUGCCCGGCCAGCCUUGCUUGUGGCGGUUCCCCGGUGAUUGCGCGCUGGGGGCUGAGGCGAUUUUGGUCGUUCGGACGAUGCCGUGACGCAGCGUGGCGACAGCGUUGGUGGCGUGAGCGCAUUCCUGUGGAGGGAGCCCUUCGGCCGCGUGGGUGGCGCGGCGAGGAGGCAGGCUGCUGUUUGGGGCGUUCGCGGACCCCUUCAGUGGGUGGGGGAGGGGCGGCGGGCGGCGAGCGGCUUUCGUCUGCGCGUGCGCCUACCUCUGCUGACCCGGCCGCACGCACGCGCAUGCUCUGUGCGCCCGGAGCCGCGGUGGCCGGCUGUACUGCGCGUGCGCUCGGAGCAGCCCGCUGAGGAGCGGCGCUGGCGGACGUCGGGCGGGCGGCCGUGACGUCGUGAGGAGCGCUUUAAAGUGCGGGCCGGGCCGGGCGUCUGAGGGUCCGGCCGGGAGUCGGGCCGAGCCUCCGUGGCCGCCUUGCGCGGCAUGAGGCCCUGCCGGCGCUCCUGCCCCCCCGGACGCGGAGGAGGAGGGAGUCCCGUCGCCCCCGCCGCCGCAUGACCCGCAGCCCCUGAGGCCGCCCCUCGACGCCCCAGCCGGGCCGCGCGGCCUCGCUCGCGGGCUUGGCGCUGAGGGCCCCUGCGGCCAGGGGCCCGGGCGCGUCCCCCAGAGCCAUGCCCGGCCGCCCCGCCCGCAGCGGAGGGCCUUAGAGCAGCGGCGCGGGCCAUGGCGGCCGCCAGCGGCUACACGGACCUGCGGGAGAAGCUCAAGUCCAUGACGUCCCGGGACAACUACAAGGCGGGCAGUCGGGAGGCCGCGGCGGCGGCCGCCGCCGCCGUGGCUGCCGCCGCCGCCGCCGCCGCCGCGGCCGAGCCCUACGCGGCGUCCGGAGCCAAGCGCAAGUACCCGGAGGACUCGGACCCCGAGCGCAGCGACUUCGAGGAGCAGCAGCUGCAGAAGGAGGAGGAGGCACGCAAGGUGAAGAGCGGCAUCCGUCAGAUGCGCCUGUUUAGCCAGGACGAGUGCGCCAAGAUCGAGGCCCGCAUCGAUGAGGUGGUGUCCCGCGCCGAGAAGGGCCUGUACAACGAGCACACGGUGGACCGGGCCCCGCUGCGCAACAAGUACUUUUUCGGCGAGGGCUACACGUACGGCGCGCAGCUGCAGAAGCGCGGGCCCGGCCAGGAGCGCCUCUACCCGCCCGGCGACGUGGACGAGAUCCCCGAGUGGGUGCACCAGCUGGUCAUCCAGAAGCUGGUAGAGCACCGCGUCAUCCCCGAGGGCUUCGUCAACAGCGCCGUCAUCAACGACUACCAGCCCGGCGGUUGCAUCGUGUCCCACGUGGACCCCAUCCACAUCUUCGAGCGCCCCAUCGUGUCCGUGUCCUUCUUCAGCGACUCUGCGCUCUGCUUUGGCUGCAAGUUCCAGUUCAAGCCUAUCCGGGUGUCGGAGCCCGUGCUUUCCCUGCCGGUGCGCAGGGGGAGCGUGACUGUGCUCAGUGGAUACGCUGCUGAUGAAAUCACCCACUGCAUCCGGCCUCAGGACAUCAAGGAGCGCAGAGCGGUCAUCAUCCUCAGGAAGACGAGAUUAGAUGCACCCCGAUUGGAAACCAAGUCCCUGAGCAGCUCUGUGCUGCCACCCAGCUAUGCCUCAGAUCGUCUGUCGGGAAACAACAGGGACCCUGCUCUGAAACCCAAGCGGUCCCACCGCAAGGCAGACCCCGAUGCUGCCCACAGUUGGUGGUGUUCCCAGCUAAGCCCUGACUACCUUCCUGUGGGGAUGCUGCAGGCCUCCCCUUGCUCAGGACAUGCUAAGGCCUCGCAUUCUGGAGAUGGACAAGGAGGAGAACCGGCGGUCUGUGCUGUUGCCCGCACACCGGCGGGCGGGCCGCUUCAGCUCCGAGAACUACCGGCGCAAGUCCUACGAGCCCGGGGAGGACUGCUCGGAGGCGGCGGGCAGCCCCGCCCGCAAGGUGAAGAUGCGGCGGCACUAAGGCAGCGCCUCCGGACUCGCGUGAUCCUCACUAGCUGCCCCUUCUUUUGUUCUGUUUUGAGGGUUCCCCCCCUUUAUUUUUUGAUUCUAUUUUUUUCCCCUUGGUUUGUUGCCUGUUAAGGCUGAAGAACGGGAUUGGCCAGGACCUGGUUCUCUUGUUCUGGGUUUCCUCCUGGAUGGAAAGGCUGUUGGCAUCUGUAGGCACAGAAGCGCACACUGGAGGGGCCAGUAGAGGCGUGGAGGGCUGUGUCAGGCUGGGUUAUUUAAAAACAGCGAAAUGUUUUGGUUAAGAAAAUUCUUGUUUUGCUUUAAAUGUAAAUCUUCUCAGUGUUGUAAAUGAAGUUCUGUCUCCUCCCUCUCCUCCCACCUAUGUCUGCACUGGGGUGAGGUCCUGCUGGCUUUGCAGGGGGCCUGCUGCCUUCCUACCGCUCACCUGCUCUCCAGGCCCAGCAGCUCAAGUGGAUACCCCUCCUGCCGCUGUUGGGGAGAUGACGAGCAGAAGCCUGGAUGGUGUCAGCCCCUGCUGCCGUAGAGCUGUUACUGGCUGACACCUCGGGCUUCUUGCACGCCCUCUGGCCUGCUCUGCCCACGGGUCCCCGGCUGCCAAGGAACCGGCUGCAGUGGUCCUGACCUCUUGCUGGGAGCCCGCCUCUUUGCUGGUCGCUCCUUUCAAGCAUAUGCGUGCGAUUGUACGGAAUAGUUUUAGACUUGCCAUGUUGGGCAGUUUUAGGAGUUGUUUCUAGCUGGAGGGACUGGUGUCCUUCCAGGUCUAGCGUUUGGGGUAUGGAAAAUUGUGGUGGUGUGUGGUAGGGUUUUGUUUUCUUUUGUUCUGAGUUUUCAUUUUUUUCCUUUGGCCUUCUGGCUUUUUCCUUUCCUUUUCUUUUCUUGUCCAUCGACCAGCAUGGGCCUUCUCCCUGUGUCAUCCCCCUAGGAAGGGCCCUCCUGCAGCAUGCGUCCAGGGCCAGAGGUUGGGCCUACAGAUGGGGUGGGAACCUCCUCCACCUCGGGCAUCAGACCUGGGAAAGGGGCUUUUAAAAAAUAACAAAAGGGGAAAAAAGUGAAGUUUUUGGCAGUUUCCACCCACUCAUCCUUGAGGGCUGCAAGGUUUUGCUGAUCGCGGUUCCUUAGGAAUGUCUCCUCGCCAGCAGGCCUAAGACCCAGGCCCACUGAGAGCAGAGCCCCUCCCAGUCCCCAGGCUGCCCUGUGCAGGGGCUGGUCCAAGAGGAGGCUGCAGAGAGCUGGGCAGCCACCAUCAAGAAGCCCCUUUUGGGGCCAGAACUCCUUUGCCAGCAUGGAUUCCUCAAGUUGGGACUUCGUAACUAAAGCAGUUGCAGUUGUAUUUUUUUUACAGCUUUUUUCCCAAAAAUGAUUUGUAGUUGUGUGUGCAGCACUUUGCCCUGAUAUGUGUGCUCUACAAUAAAAACCAAAUCUAAUAUAUUUUGAAA